UCUUGAGCAAGCAAGCACUGUCCUGAGCUUGCCCCAAGAUGAAUCAGAGAAGUUUCUUCACUCGAGGUCAAAGGUGAAGCUUGCUUUAUAAAAACAGGCUGCCUCAGGGCUCCUCACCACUUUGGCUGGUUCCACACUCCUGUGCAUUGAGCGGUGAACGUGAGGUUGGGAAGAUGACGAAACUGGAAGACCACCUGGAAGGAAUCAUCAACAUCUUCCACCAGUACUCCGCUCGGCUGCGGCAUCACGACACCCUCAUCAAGCGUGAGCUGAAGCAGCUGAUCACGAAGGAACUUCCAAAUACCCUCCAGAACACCAAAGAUCAAGCUACCGUGGACAAGAUAUUCCAAGAGCUGGAUACUGAUGAAGAUGGACAGGUCACCUUUGAGGAAUUCAUAGUCCUGGUGUCCAGGGUGCUGAAGACAGCCCAUGAUAACAUCCACAAAGAGUAGGGAGCUCUGAGGGGCUCUUCCCAGCAGUGUCCCCGAGAAGACUUUCCCUUCUCCCCACUGAAGCCUGCCUUGCCUGAGGGAAGUGAGAGUUAAUAAAUGCACCCUCGAAAAGUU